GCUGCACCUAAAUUUUGUCACGACAGCAGGAAGGAAUCAGCUGCAGGGAAGAUGGCUGAGAAGAAGAUGUCGCUGAGCCGCAGAAAUCAUCUCAAGAGUCUGCUGCUCCAGAUCGGCAAAGAAAUGCUGGAGGAGGAGGCCCGGCGCGCUGAGGAGGAGAAAAUGGCGUACAUGAGGGAGAACUGCCCCACCCUCUCCUUCCCACAAUGCACCCUGGACCUACAGGAGCUGUGUCGGCAGCUUCACAAGCAGAUCGAUUUGGUGGAUGACGAACGAUAUGACAUGGAAAUGAAAGUGAAGAAAUGCAACAAAGAGAUCGACGACCUGAAGAUGAAGGUCCAGGAUCUGAACGGCAGGUUUAAGAAGCCCACUCUGAGGAGGGUGAGGAUGUCUGCUGACGCCAUGCUGGCUGCCCUGCUGGGCUCCAAACAUAAAGUGUCCCUAGACCUGAGAGCCAACCUGAAGCAGGUGAAAAAGGAGCUGAAAGAGGAGGGGAAGCAGACGGGCGACUGGAGGAAGAAUAUUGAAGAUAAAUCUGGGAUGGGCGGGAGAAAGAAGAUGUUUGAGGCAGAGGCUUAAAUGAUAUUGACUUCUAUGUUUUUUAAAAAGGUAAUGCAUUACAAUAAAUACUUAAUUGUACAAGUAA